AUGCCGUUCCCGAAGUGGAGUGUGGACCCGGUCUACCUUUCGAGACGGGCAAUUCCACCCGAUAAACAAAUCGAGGAUGAACUAGAGUGCAACGCGCUUCUGACGCUCGCGGCGACGUUGAGGCAACUGGCCGAUCUGACGAGGAUCGUCGACGUCGUGUUCGAAGAGCUGGGCACAGAGUGCGGUCGUUUGGUUGAACGAAGUGAAAAUGUCGCGAGGAGAGCUCAAGGACUUGCCGAAAUCGUCGACAAGCUUGACGCCAAGAAGGUCCAAGUUCCUCUGUCCGAUCUCACCUGGUUCAGCCAACAGAAGACCCACUUCCGGAGCCCGCAACCGUUCGAGUUCAACUUGUUCCGCAGAGAAUCUCGCCCGGAAUGCAUCAAGCGUCUCUACACAAAAGCUGCGGUCAAGGGCGAUGGACAAGAAGUGUGCGAGGUCAUCUGGGGCGAUGAGCAGAAGAAGCUCAAACAAGAUCUCUUAGAAAUAGAAACUCGGAGGCCCACCAUCCUCACACCCGCGCACCAGAGAUCGCGUUCGGCCCCCGCGCGACCUGAAGGAAAUGAUGAGGUCGAGGGAGCGACGACGAUCAUCGAAGACGAUGAGCCCCCUCUGAUACUUCUACCGACGCCCGAGGAACAGCUGCAGGAGCUCACCAAAGAGUUUCCACCAGCCAUCAUUAGCAUAGACACCUCGGGCAAAUCCUUUUCACGAAUGGCCUCCAUGAGGAAGUCUCUAAUACAUGUGGACUUUUUCAUCCGAACGAAAAACCGGAAGAAUAAGAAAGUCAAGAGGUCCAACACGGUCUGUGACUCGUGUUCGCAGGGUGGAACUCUCCGGAGGGAAACCGUAAGCGCUGGAAACCUGAAGCUCAGCCAUUCUUCUGUUCAGACGGACAACGCUAACAACAACAAUAAUAUCAACAACAGCCAAAUAAAAGAAAGAACCAAGAGACGAUCCGACCGACUGUCUGCGGGAUCCGUGAGCGGUACCGUGGAAUCGUCCGGAUCGUCUCAAGAUAUACCCACAACAUUGAAGAACGAGAAGCGAAUUUCUUUCUACGAGAAGCUUAAGCAGAUGGGACGUCGGCGGGAGAGUUCCAAAGAACGCAAAGAAGACAAGGAGAAAAGCGCGAAACUGCCAAUAUCAUCGAAUUCACAGGCCAUCAACGUAGCCGUGAAGCUACGAGAGUCAUCCAGCAGACCCAACGAGCAGGGACAAUCCUCCAGCGGGAACUGGUCUGGCACAUCGUCUGGUGCGUCCACGAGAGCUUCAGACUGUGAUAGAGAUGUUUCUCCGCAAACAGUUCAAGAUGUUUCAUCCCACGAUCGGAGUGGUUCCACUGUGAAAAAAUCUACUUCUGAAACGUCACUCGAGAAAGACUCGGCGCUUUCGGAUGUAACACAAACUACGGAUCGGAUGCCCCAAAGAAUGCUGUCGCCACCGCGAGUGAAAGCGCUCAAAUCAGCUCAUCGUCCGCCCCACCUACGCAAGAUAUCCACUUGCUCCGACGACGGAGAGUCGUCAACGUAUUCGAUCGAUACGGAUGGCUACUAUACAUCGAUGCACACAGACUCUGGCAUCCCUCAUCAGAUUCCAGAAGAACUCGUCGAGGAACCGGAACCGUUGCCUGGUCCAGGAGCGCAGUUGGCCCGUCGCGCCUCUCAGGGUUCUAUUGACACUGCAAGUGUAAACAGUAUCCUGUCGGCGUGCGACGCACAGACUAUCCUGGACGACGACGACCUCCACGACCUCAAAACGUUGACUCUGACGAGAGCCCGGAUGCAGAAGGAAGUGCUCGCUCAGAGUACUCCGACGAAGUCGAAACCGAAGCCCGCUCCACCGCCGAGAACGUCGAGCGUUUCGUUGACGACGGCUCUGGAAAAUCGACGCAGGAACUCUCUGAGCACAUCGGUUGACACCGAAGGUUUCGUCGUUAAAACCGCCAUCAACAAAUACCGUUAUCCGUCGAUAUGCGUGGUCAGCUCGUCGGAAACCAGUGAGAGCAGCGACGACACCAAAAGCCCCCUGACGGAGAAAGAACUCUCCGACCCGAGUCAAGUUUCGUCUUUGUCCCCGAUCAGCCAUUCGGAAGAACAUCGCGUGUUUCAGAUCAAGAACGCCUUCCAACCGGUGGUCAUGCACCCGACCAGGUUGAGGUCUUUCUCGAUCGACGAAAACGCCAACGAGAAACGUUUCGAGGAAGCCGACUUCUCGAGUUUGCCGCCGGAUCUGCACAUCGGUCAGGCUCAAAUCCUCCACUUGGAUACUGAAGUUGCCCAGCAGCACGAGCACAUGAACAAUGCUAACAAGACAUACCAAAGAUUGUAUCGGCCGAGUACUCUGCUCGCCAGGAACUACACGGACAGAGAGUGGAUGACCGAUGGCUCGAUGUCGCUCCCGCUCGAUCUGGCGUCGAACGGAGUUCCCCUUCGUCGGAGAAUGUCGCCAUGUGUCGUUUCUCCGACAAGAGGAAUUCUCUCCCGGAACUCGGAAAUUCUUUCGCAAUCAUCCCCGGAGACAGAGACCAAGAGUUUGUCGGAGAGCCCAGUCGACAACAGUCCCCUGGGCAUUCCUCCGCCGCCCCCUCUCCUUAGCUACCAUUCCUCGAUCCUGGACGAAGGCUCGAUCCGAGAGCCUUCGGUGGCUCAAAGUCCGGCCAAAUCCCUCGAAGAUAACUCCAUUCAACCAAAGUAUUCAACCCUCUCAUUAGGCAGGAGCUCACGCCUGCCCGAGAUUCUGAGAUCCUCGUCUUCGACGAUUCCCCGUUCAUUCAAACUGGCGGACGUCAUUGAGGACCUCUCUCCGACAAAGUCGAACCAUAUGUCUACGUUUGCCCGGAUGAUGGUGCGCUCCGACACGGAACCGACCAGCAGCUACGCGAUUCCUGCGAUUCAAGAUUUGGAAAGAUUCCAAAGGUGGGUAUGUAAAAGCGUAGAAAUUUGCGUUGCUCGACCCCCGUCGUCAGGAUCCGAACGGUCUGUCGGCGAGGGUAGGGGAACACCAAUGAAUCAUUUUUCGCCCAUUGGCACAACUCACGCCCCGCAAACCACUCCCGGUAUACAUCACCCCGUCGCACUCAGUCCCAUUCAGACGGUUCAUAAUCCGAGAUCCCGAUCAGGAAUCGUCGAUCUGGAUCUGAACCUAGAAUCGUGUUAUGUGCCUCCACCGCAGCCGGAACUGCCUGUUGCGCCGAAUAGACCGUCGCGUCCGUCGAGUUUGUACGACGACUCGAAAGUCUACGCAACUUUCCUUCCGGGUCCGCACACCCCGAUCGCGACCUACGUCCCAACGAAGCAGUAUCAAUCAGUGUCAUCCGACGUCACUCCUGGCUAUGCGACACCAUACGAACAUACGACCAGAUCGUAUUCACCGAAUCAGAAUAGUCUUCCAUCUCGGGUCUCGGAGCCCCAAUCGAGAAAAACGCCUCAGUACACGAACCCGUACGCGUCAAGCUACCAAACACCUGGGCCGCCACAAUACGAGCAGCGCCCACUUUACGGUGGCCAGUCUCCAAGGCUCUCAUCGAGCCUGGAGUACUGUGUAUCUGACGUCGUUAAUACCGCGAACACCAAUGGUCCCGCGAAGAGCAUGAAUCGCAACUUGCUCGGUUCGACCGAUGUCUCCCCCAGGAGCUCGAGGUCGGAAUCGCCGAGUAGUCGAUCCGAGACGAAUUACCCACGAGAUAGAAGGUCAUGGUCGGUGCAGAGCGACAAUCCUCCCGUGUGCCAGAAUGACGUCAGAAGAGCGUCCCUUGCCAGCGACCGUCUGGGUCCAUGCAAACCGACAUCGCUGACGGACUUCAAGCGAUUGUUGAUUCACACAAGGAGUCAGACGAACCCUGCCGGCGAGCGGAAGUCCGCAGCUGAAUUGUUAAAACUAGCCAAGCAGAACCCCCCGAGCUCGGGACCAGCUGUUUGUGGAGGGGGUUCCGUAUCGUCCGGAACCAAGAGGCUCCCCGGUGCUCUGAAAUUCAACGCAGCCAUCGAGCCUAUCGAAGAAGAAGGGGAAAGCGGGAAUAAUUCCCCCGCGAAGCCUUCGAUCGUUUGAUCGGCGCGACGGGAACGUCCCUUGCUUUAAUUGA